GGAAUCUCUACUCUUACUAGAUUCGGUACCUUUUUGGUGUUGGUUUAGCAUUGGUCGCGUUGACUUUUUGGGAGUUGAAGAUUUGAAGCGGAGAUGUCGCCGGAAGGAGAGUCGGUUACGGUGGAUCCAGUUGUUACGGUGAAGAGGAAGACACCUCAGUCAUCUCGGAGUUGGAUUUCCAUAGACACGACGGGGCACAAAACGGUGCUUGACGAAGACAAAUAUGCUAUUAUGCACCGUGUUCAGAUCCACGCUCGCGAUCUCCGGAUCCUUGACCCGAACCUUUAUUACCCGUCAGCUAUUCUAGGUCGAGAGAGAGCCAUUGUUCUUAACUUAGAGCAUAUCAAAGCCAUUAUCACUGCUCAAGAGGUUCUGGUUCGGGAUUCGUUAGAUGAAAAUCUUAUUCCUGUCCUGGAGGAGUUUCAGAGACGUUUGCCUGUUGUUCAAGGAGAUGCUGAAGCUGGUGAAGAAGAUGAAUCACCUUUUGAGUUUCGGGCGCUAGAGGUGGCUUUGGAAGCUAUAUGCAGCGUACUAGCUGCAAGGACAACUGAACUAGAGACUUCUGCUUAUCCUGCUUUGGAUGAACUAACCUUGAAGAUAAGUAGCCGUAACUUGGAAAGGGUUCGUAAAUUGAAGAGUGCCAUGACAAGAUUGACAGCUCGAGUCCAAAAGGUAAGGGAUGAGCUCGAACAGUUGUUGGAUGAUGACGAUGAUAUGGCUGAUAUCUAUCUUACAAGGAAGCUCGCUGGUGUAUCUUCUUCAUCAAUUAGUGUUUCUGAUGAACCUCUUUGGUAUCCUACUUCACCAACAAUAGGUUCCAUGAUUUCAAGAGCAAGUAGAAUGAGUUUAGUCUCGGUUCGUGGUGACGAUGAAAAUGAUGUUGAAGAACUUGAGAUGUUGCUCGAGGCUUACUUCAUGCAAAUCGACAGCACUUUGAACAAAUUAACCGCGCUACGCGAGUAUAUUGAUGACACAGAGGAUUACAUUAACAUCCAGCUAGACAAUCAUCGAAAUCAACUCAUUCAGUUAGAGCUUAUGUUAAGCUCUGGAACAGUCUGCAUAUCAAUGUACUCUAUGAUCGCGGGAAUAUUUGGCAUGAACAUUCCAUACACAUGGAACGACGAACAUGGAUACGUUUUUAAAUGGGUGGUUAGCCUCACGGGGGUAUUUUGCGCAGUCUUGUUUGUGAUUGUACUGUCGUACGCUAGGUUCAAAGGGCUUGUGGGAUUUUGGUGGUCCAAGGAAAAUAAACAGGGUGGAUCGUAAAGACUUUGAUUGUAAAUACAUCAUGUAUAAACUGUUCACCAUAUGAAAAUAUAUACGAUGAACGAUUAGGAGGAUCCAUGGUUUCAUUUGAUAGACAAAUUUUAUCCG